AUGGGCGAAGACGUGGAUAUGGAGGGCCCGGAUAAUGAGAUGGGUCCCCCUGCUCUUCCCCCCGAUGAUUUCUGGGACGGAUCACCUGACAAUGUCGACCUGCCUUCCGAAACAGACCUAUUCACGGAUUGCGUCGCCAGAAUCCCUUUUGACAUACCCACGUCCCUUGUCCCUUCGGUCUCCCAGCGGCUGCGCAACCCUUUUCGGGAGGUGCAGGGGGCGGGAGGAAAGAAGAUGUCAUUCCUCUGUCGGUCGCUGGCAACACUGAUAGCGACUCUCACUGUCUUUGGCGGCCUGAGUCAGAGGAUGGGAGAUAUGGCGCUGUAUAUUAUCGCCGUCAUCAUUGACAUCGCGGUUCAGGAAGGGCUCAGCAAGGCGCGCAAUGAUGUGCGCGAUCAGGACUGGAUCUGUCAACACGCUGGCCAAGUCCUCCUUGCGCAAAAGAAGGCUGUUGAAGAUCUUCGCAAAAGCAUAUUCCGGACCCCUGGACAUCUUUCCGUCUUCGAACUUCUUCUCCAUUUCGACAAGGUCCUCGCUACUGGCGAUCCCAUGCACAACGCCCUCGAAGAAGUGGAAAAGCAACGGUGGAUUAUAACGGAUGACUACGUGAAGGGUGUCAGGCCUGAGGUUUUUGAGGAGGAGGACAGUGAAGACGAAGAGGACGAACAAGGCGGUGGAGGCGAUGAAGGUAUUGGUGACGGGGCCAAAAUUCCUCCCGGCGACGGUCCACUUAUCAUCCGCAAGGACCGGCAAACUUGUCUUGAAAAGAUGAUGGCGCAGGUCAUUGCACCCUCUUAUCUACCCCAGCUUGGGAAGAAGUUUUUUACAACAAAGCUGUCUGCCGCACAAUGGCGUACCUUCGGCGAGAUUGUCGGGCCUUCGGUCUUUCCUUGGUUAUGGGCAGAGUCUCAGUCAACAUCGGAUGCUUUACCGGAGCAUGAGUUGGUCGCUGCCCUCAAGCUUCUUACAAUCAUCAAACGAAUAUUCUUGUCAAGCAUAUCCGAAACCCAGAUCAAUCGCCUGAAGACUGUAAUCAGCGAUUUCCAAAGAGAUUGUCCUUGA